AUGAUCUACGUCAACGACAACUACGGCCGCAACGCCGCCAAGGGCUUCGACGUCGCCAUCCACGACAAGGACAUCUGCUUCGCGCAACUCGAGUCCGUCGAUAUGCACUGGACCGCGUCGCGCUACGACGCUCUCGUCACGUCGCUGGCGCGCAGCGGCGCUCGCGUGCUCGUCGCGUUCCUCUUAGAGAGCCAGGGCGUCGAGCUGACGCGCGCCAUCUACCGGCGCGACCUCGUCGGCCGCUUCAUAGUCGUCGGCGCGGGCGGCUUCACCGGGUCGCUGUCGGAGUUCGCCGGCGUCGAGGCGGCGAUCGCCGGAGCGUUCAUUUUCGCUCCGCGCACGAACGACGUGCCGGGAUUUCGGCAGUGGAUGGUCGACGAUGUCGGCGGAGCGCGCUCGAUCGCCGCCUCCAGCGCCUGGCUGCGACGCGUCUGGGAGACGAAGCUCGCCUGCUCGUUCGCCGACGGCUCGUGCGCGGCGACGCCGUACGCGCCCGCCGACGCGCUCGUUAGCCCGUCGCUGCUGCACGACGCCGUGUACGCGUUCGCGCACGCGAUCCACGCGAUACUGAACACGACUUCCUGCGCGACGUCCGGCCCCGGUUCCGGCGGUACUUCCGGUGGCACACCCGGCAACAUAUCCGGCACCACUUCCGGUAACACCUCCGGCAACACCGCUUCCGGUGACGGCGACGCCGUCUGGAGGCGUCUGCAUCGCUGCGUCAACGGCGUCGCGCUGCUGCGGCACAUCCGGCGACUGCGUUUCGACAGCGUCUCGUACGGGCCAGUGUCGUUCACGGAGAGUGGCGAGAUGCACGGCGAAUACCGCAUCUACCAGCUCGUCGGCGGCGACGUCGGCGGCGGCAGCAGCAGCAGCGGCGACAGCAGCGACGUCGGCUCCUGGAGUGAGACGACGCGUCGGCUGUCGCUGGACGUCGCCAUGCUCAAGUGGCCGACGCGCGACGGAGCGGUGCCGACGUCGGCGUGCAGCCCACCGUGCGCGCCGCACCACUACAAGGUGCCGAUGCACGUGCGCUGCUGCUGGCAGUGCGCCGAAUGUCACGGCGACCAGUCCCUGCUGUCAGCGAGCGACCGCUGCGAACCCUGCCCGCCGCUGCACUGGGCAGACGCGGCGACGGGCCGCACGUGCGAGCCGAUACCGCCCGACUACCCGGCGUGGAGCGAGCCAACAUCCGUCGCGCUCGCGCUAACGUCGGCGACGGGAAUGGCGACGACGGUCGCCGUCGGCUGCGUGCUCGUCGCGCGUCGGCGCCGACGCAUCGUCAAGGCGAGCAGUCGGGAGCUGAGCGCGCUCAUCGUCGUCGGCAUCUUCCUGGAGUACGCCGCCACGUCGCUGCGGCUCGCCCGGCUGCUCGAUGACGUCAUCGACUCGGCGAUCUACGCGCCGCUGUUCGUGCGUGCGCUGAGAGUGUAUCGCAUCUUCAACGCGGGUCGCACGAGCAGGAGACCGCCGUCAUGCAUUAGCAGCGCCUCCCAGCUGACGAUGGCCGCCAUGCUGAUAGGCUUGCAGGUAGUAGCCAGCAUUGCCUCGACGUCGCUCCACCCCCAGGAGGCGCUGCUGGUCAUGCCCAGCCCGUCGGUGAGGUACGUGGAGCUGAUGUGUGGGAGCGGCGGGGCAGCGGGGAAAAUCGUGAGCCUCGUCUACAAUAUGCUGCUGGUAGCAGCCUGCUCCGUGCUGGCGUUCAAGACGCGCCAUCUACCGGACAACUUCAACGAGUCCAAGCUCAUUGCCUUCUGCGCCAUGGCGACAGCCGUCAUAUGGGUCACGUUCGUACCGAUCUACGCCGCGACGACGUCCCGGUCGGAUUUCGUGUCAUCAUGACGGUCGUCUCCAGCAUCAGUACCGCCACCGUCAGCCUCAUCUGUCUCUUCGGCUUCAAUCUACGCGCUCUCUACGUGCCGGGAGGAAGCCCCGAGUGAUGCAGACUAUCGUCAACGUCGCCACCAUCUCGCCGGCCGCCGGGAGUGCGGCGGCUCGGGUGUCCGUACCCGAUAGACAGAAGACUCCGGAAGAUUAUUGAUGUCAUUACCGACGUCUCUGCAAUCGAGAUUUUGAUCAAUAUAUAUAUAUGUAUAUAUAUAGUGGAUAUA